AAGCAACCGCACUCAAAUUCCCAAUUUUCUGAUCUAUGGUCCACCUUUGCAAAUCUAAUGACAACCUAUUGCAGAGUGCAUUAUUCUGUGAAGAAGCAGCUGGCAAAGAAUAAGCAGUUGGAGUUUAUGUGGAGGCAACUUUGGGGUGAGCGUAAGGUCCCUGUGGUGCACUAUUCUGUGAAGAAGCAGCUUGCAAAGAACAAGCAGUUGGAGUUUAUGUGGAGGCAACUUUGGGGCGCUCAUGGUAAACAAGACAUGCGUACGCAUCUUUUCCCAUUCUAUUCGUAUGAUAUACCACAUACAUGCGGGCCAGAUCCAAAGAUCUGUUGUCAGUUCGAUUUCACGCGUCUCCCAGGAAUAGGACCUGGUUGCCCAUGGGGUGUGCCACCAGUGAGAAUCAACAAUAAUAAUGUAGAACAACGUGCUUUCACGUUGUAUGAUCAGUACAGGAAAAAGAGUCAGUUGUACAAGACAAAUGUGCUUUUAGUCCCUCUUGGAGACGAUUUUAGAUACGACAAAGCGAAUGAGUGGAAUGAGCAAUAUUUAAACUACAAGAAACUCUUUGAAGAAAUGAACAAACAUACUGAAUGGAAUAUUCAUGCUAGAUUUGGUACGCUUGCUGAUUAUUUCACCGAAUUAGAUAGAUCUUUACGAGCCGAAUCUGACGGGCUACCAGUACUGUCUGGUGAUUUCUUCACGUACGCUGAUAGGGAUGAUCAUUAUUGGAGCGGGUAUUUCACUUCCCGACCAUUUUACAAGCAAAUGGAUCGAGUGCUUCAGCACCAGUUGCGUGCAGCCGAAAUUGCUUUUACGCUGAAAGCGAUGAAAGGCGAGAAUCCAUCGAAUGAGGUCCACUACUUUUUAUCUUUAUUCCGUAUGCUUUUGAUUGCACGUCAAAAUAAUUACAUGUACGGUAUCUCGUGGUACGAAUGUAAGCUUCUCUAG